GGGGGGGGGGGGUUUGUGUGCCUCCCCACCGCUGCACCGCCGCGCGGCUGCUGGGCGGUACGAGCCCACCAGGCUCGCCGUCCGUGACUGUGUCGCCAGUAGCUCGCUGACGGUCGUGUGGGGCGGACGGACGCGCUCCGAGAGAACGGUCACUGGUCGACGGCGUGGAACGGGAGCCGGGAAACAGGAGGAUCUCACAGAAACUGCGCUCAAGGAGACGCAGCGGCCAUGUCUCACAUGUGUAAGAUGAUGGAGGGUGUCCGAAAACACAAGGGCGGCUGCCACUGCGGCAGGGUCAGAUUUGAGGUCACCGCGCCGACCCAGGUCACCGUCUUCGAGUGCAGCUGCGACAUCUGCCAGAAGCGUCAGAGCCGGUACUUUAUGGUGGAUGCGGAGCGGUUUCUGCUUCUGCAGGGCCACGGCGACCUGAGCACCUUCGGCUCCAGCGAGGUCAAACACUCGUUCUGCACCACGUGCGGCGUACAGAGCUUCUUCAUUCCCAGCUCGGGCGAUAACACAGACUCAGUCGGUAUCAUGCCGCACUGCCUCGACCCUGGAACGCUGAAGAAGAUCAAGACCAAGAAGCGUAACCCGAAGAAGUCCAAGGAAAACGACGAUCCGCUGCACAGAGCAAUGGCGACCGCGUAAAUCUAACGCCGGUGGUCGCCAUGACAACGAAGUGCAUCUCGAGCUGACGUUGUCCCAUUCAACGAUGUGAAGAUAGUGAAGUCUACAUAUGGCAACAGUGAUCCGAUGAUCGCUAUUCGCUAUGUGAGACACGUAAAUAGGCUGUUAAUCGGGGCCUUCCUGCCUUGUACUGUGCUGGUAAGCGUACGAUGUAGUUUGUUAGUUUCGGUAGUGAGUUUACAAACUUCUACUGAGUUGUGACCAUAUUGUGUCAAAUAGUUUGUCAUCUACGAUUAGAUGUUUCAGUACCUAAUCAACCGUAAGAGGAUAUAUUUUGGUGCAUUUUAGCACCAUUUUAUGUAGGUAUAGGUAAGUACAUGCAUAGGUUCAGUUGUGUGUCUGGAGAGAGAUUUUGUAUAGCCAAGUGUUGGGUCUUAAGACUGCGUUUAUGAUGCCUGUCGUCUUCAUGCUUUGUUUCAUUCAUU